AUGUUUACAACUGUGUUUGUAGGCGACUUGAAUAGAAAUGUUCUCAAACGAGAUUUGGAGUUAGUCUUUAAAAAAUAUGGCAAGAUUAAUAGUAUCAUCAUAAAAGACCGCUACGCGUUCAUUGACUAUAAUUAUCAUCGUGAUGCCUUAAAGGCAGUUGACGAACUUAAUGGAAGCGAAAUAAUGGGAGUACGAAUUAGAGUGGAGAUGGCGAAAGGUGUUCUAAGAGAGUUUCGUAGAUCAAGUUCUCAUCGGGAACGAUCUCAUUCCAGACGUUCGAGAGGUAUCAGAAGUGAUUUCAGAGUCUGGGUUCACAAUGUAUCUCACAGAGUGACUUGCGAGAACCUAAAAGAAUAUAUGGACACUGCUGGUAAAGUUGUUUACAUACAUAUAUGCAAAGAUGGAGAUGCACUUGUGGAAUUCGAUUCUUUGUCAGAUAUGUUUAAUGCUGUUCAUAAAUUAGAUGAUACAAAAUUAAAGCAUCGUAACAUACGACUAAGUGUGGAUUGCAGUUAUAGAAGAUCUACAAGUGAUGAUAUGUAA